AUGGACGGAGUGGCUUCAGCACACCGUGGCGGAGGCGCAACCCCAACCCAGUGCUUCGAGACGGUAUGGAUGUAUCUAAGGCAAGGGAAGACGAUGAUGGUUUUUGCUCCGGAGCUGUUCUCCCCAGCACCACGAACCCUGAGCCAUAUGGAUGAGCAGGGAUCAGGCGUGCUAAUAAACACUCCGGCCUCCGAGCACGCCGUGGUCCAGACGACUAGUGAACCUAGGCCUCCGAUCCGGGCGGGCUUCAAGCGCACCGACCUCCCCCCAUCAACGAAGGGCUUUCUCCGCAGAUUCAAGGGAGUCAGAGGCCAGAAAUUGAGGACUGGAGCCUGCGAACCCGGUGCUGCGAAAGGCAAACCCGGUGACGGAGAGUCGGUGCGCCCGCCUCGAUCGAUGUAG